AUGGUUACUAGUAAUUUUUUUUGGAGAAUCAAUGUAACUUUUUAACGAAACAUAAAAACUAUUUUAACACAUGUUUCAAGCGUCAUUUUCUCCAUAAAAUAUAAUAGAUCUUAAUGUCUCUUUAAUAAAUUAUUAUACAUAGAAUAUUUAUCAACGAAUACUGUCUGCUCAGUAAGCGAUUCACUAAAAAGCCUAUUUAUGUUCAAAAGGUUCAUAAUGGCUUACAUUUUAUUCGCGAGAUGUUUGUGAAGAGUUACACUUAUUCGUGAUUAGUACGUGAUUUAUUAGCAGCUUGUGAUUUGCGAAUGUUUGGUUUGCGUUACAUUAUGUAUUUUGAAGAUAAAAUAGCACUGACUAUUUUAAUAAUACAAUUAUCUUUAUCUUUUCUAAAAUUUUUAUGAAGAAAAUAAUAUUUUCAUCAAUAAUAGUUCGAGCUCAUUGAAUAUAAAUUUUGGUGUCGUACAGUUCAUAAUUUGAAAAUUGACUCUUAUAUAAUUAAAAUCGAAAAAGACUUUUAUAUGAUAAAAAGUUUUCUCAAAAUAUCAAAAAGUACUUGUGAAAAAUAUAAAUACGAAAUUUUACGAAAUUAUACAAGAUUUUGGGAAAAUAAUUUUGUUAAAAUUGAAAGUCAUCUCUCGGUAUUUAAUGAGAUAAAUUAGGCUGAAUUAUUAUUCGGGAAUUGAGCAUCUUACAAAAAAAUUUUAUUCUACAUUUUUCAUUAUAUAAAAUAUUUUUCUUGUUGAUUAUUUAUAUGUAUUCAGUACGAAAUUAUCCAAUUUCAAACUCAAUUUUUUUUUAAAACGGCUGUAAUAAAAAGAUUUUAUUCUUUCUUUUCAAUUCAUUUUUUCAUCACUAGUUACAGGACGCUCUGUAUAUUUUUUACAGAUGCUACCAUAUGAGUGGGGAAUACAAAAAACUCCGUAUAGUCCAAGACCUGACAUCGUCGCAGAUACAAUGAGGCGUAAAAUUAAUCGCGAGUUAACUGUACUUUCAAAUGAUAUCUCAACAAUUGAUCCUAUACGCAUGAAGGAAGUUGAUGACCUAUUUAAAAUUGUGCAAAUUCAUCGUAGUCAAUACAAAGACCGCACUGGCAGUUUUCAUCCUUUAGCUUUUUUCAAGCCCGAUUCUUACAUGUAUCAAAAUGCACCAGGAAUGACGGAAUCGUAUGUCUCGAAAUAUCCAACAAGUUAUGUUAAAUAUAAAAUUCCCAUAGUUUUGCCAUUGACGUAUGAAAGAAGGAAACAAACGCCAUACAUUCCAGAUUUAUCUCUUUCUGGCAUAUAUAAUAAAUCUAGCUGCAUUGCUUAUAAACGAUAACUUCCCACAAUGAUACCUAUUAAUAUAUUCAGAUAUUAAAUUUUGAAACUGUUAUCAUUUGUAAAAAAGAAAACGAUCAUACUAUAAUAAACUUGGGCACAUUUUAAAACUUAAAGCCUUUAUUUUCAAAAAAAUAUCGCUCAUUUUAGACUAACAUGUUUUUACAUCACAGAUAGAAGAUACUUUUUUCACAAAACGUUUUAUCAUCAAAUUAUAAGUAAAUACGGAUGUAUAUUAUUAAAUAAAUAAAUUGUAUAUUAACGUAUUACAUAUGUACAAGGUAGAAAGUAAAGUUUGUAUCAUUCAAGGUCAAAAUUUUGUUUUAUCUAUUUAUCUAUUUACGAUAGUUCUCUUGAAAAAUGGUAAAAAAAUUUUAACACUGCUGAGAGUUGCCUAACAAUAAACGAUUUUAUUCUGAACGAGUGGUGGUUCACAGCUACCUGAAAUUUUGAUUCUGUGUGAUAUAUCAUUUAAUUAUUUACUGAUACUGCCAUAUCUUAUCAUUCCAUUUAUUAUGAAAGCCAUAAUUUAUUAGAGAAGCAACUCUCAUCAAGCGAAAUAUUACAAACGUAAACGAAAUAGGUGAAAAUCUGCUGCAGUUGACAUAAAGCGGACCAUAAUCAAAUGAUAAAAUUAACUCGAAAUAUACGUCAUUAACAUUAUAUGUCCGCACCACUGCACCGAUUAAAAUGAUAAAUGAUUAUUAAAUUUUUUUGCCAUUUUUUAAGAAAACUAUUAGGUUGAUUCCUCGGAAAAAUUUCAUCUUCGUGGCGAGUAGAAUACAAUACAACUAAAAAGAAUUCUGAUCUUGAAAUUCAAAGUCAAGAUCAAUUUUGCGACAGGUUCAUUAUAUGUAUCUCCAUCAAAUCGAAGAUGUAAAAUUCAUCUAUAAUAACUUGGUACAAACUUGUCUUUCCAUCCUAUAUAUAGAAAACCUAUAAAUAAAUAAUUAUUAGUCGAUGAAUUGAUUUAAUGAAAUCAAAGAAUUAUAAAAUAACGUAACAAUUAGUUCAAAAUAAGAAUAAUUAAUAGAAAAGUUUUAUUUUGUAUUUGACAUUUAUUUUUAUUACGUAAAAUUUCAUAAUAUUAUAUACAUGUAUUAAUAAUCAUACAUUUCUGCCAUAUUAUUAUUAAAUUAGAUAGAAAUUAUUAUUAAAUUUAAUAUAGAUAAUUAUUAUUAAAUUUAAAUUAUUAAAUUUAAAUAGAUUAUAA